AUGGAGGUUAUUUCUGACCUUCAAUGUCAGCUUAGAAAUGUGACAGAAAGAUCAUCUCAGUUGACUGAUUCAAUUAUACAGAAGGACGAAUCUUUAAAACAGAAGUUAGAUGAAUACAUCAGUUUAAAAGCACAGCUGUCUGAGGUACAGGAGUCUUCCGUUUUGCAGCAAAGACAGUUGGAGCUUUUAGCCUCUGAAGCAGACCAAUUAAAAGUACUUGUUUCAGAAAAAGAAUUAACCAUCAACAAUAUUUCAUUAUCUAGUGACCGUUUAAAGACACAACUUCAAGAGAAGGAGAAUGAAUGUGAGGUCUUAGAGAAACAGGUGGUAGAGCUGGAGGAAAUGAAAGUGAAUUUACAAAAAGAAACACAACAGCAGAAGAAUGUAAUAAUUGAGAUGGACCAGUCUUUAUCAGAAAAGGAGUCAUCUCUUAUGGAAAAUAAAAGUCUCCUCAAAACUCUGAAGGAGAAAGCAAGGAAAGAUGAAGAGAAGACAAAUCUCAUUUCUCAGCUCGAAAGUCAGGUCCACGAACUAACGCAAGAACUACAGAAAUCUAAAGAACUAGUCCAUGAGAGGGAGAAUGCCUUUUCAUCUCUUCAGGAGAAAAUUGAAGCACAGUAUGAACCAAGAACGGAGUUGAAUGCAGCUCUUGGGAAAACAGAAGAAGUUAUUGCUGGACUGCUUAAUUCUUUAAAGGAGAAAGAUACCAGUAUACAGUUGGCAGAUAGCAACGUUAAUGUUCUUUCUAGUGAGAUUGAGGCUCUCAGAGAAACAUUAGAAAAAAGUGGUACAGCCAUGAAAAACCUUACUAAGGAAUUUCAGGAAAAGAACGAGAAGCUUGAUAUUAAUCAGAAGAAAAUUGAUUCUUUGACAAUUGAACUCGAGUCUCUUAAAAAUGAACACCAAAAAUCACUAGACCAAAUAAGUACAUGGCAAGAAGAACUACAGCAAAAAGAACAGGCUGCGGAGUCUCUGCGUGUGAAGUGCGCUGAACAGGCAGAUAACAUAGCAUGUUUGAAGUUAGAAUUGAACAGUGUAAAUUUCAAAUCAUCUCAAGACUGCCAUGACAAUACGCUUUUAGUAGGUAGUCUGCAGUGCCAGGUGGAGUCUUUAGAGAAAGAAAAAAAACGGUUGCAAGAAGAUGCUGAUAAACUGAUGGCUGAAAACGCGCAGCUUACUACAUCUCAAGCUCAUUUGCAAAAGAAAUUGGAAGAGCUCCGAGAAAUCAAUGAAAAACUAGAAACCAGUGAGAAUUAUUCAAGAAUGCAGAUAGAUGCUGUCAAACUGCAGAUGAAGACUGAAAAUGAGAAGUUACAGAUGCAGGUUAGUGUGAAGGGUGAAGAACUUUCUAAUUUAGAACUUAAAUUUGAAACUCUAGAACAGAGUCUACUUGAGUCAGAAAACAAAUGGGUGACAGAACUUGAUAGGGCAACUUUACAAAAUAGUAAUCUUACUGAGCAUUUGUGCGGUUUAGAAAGUGAAAUGAAAUCGAAGGAUAGCAAAAUCCAGUCUUUGCAGCAAGAGCUGGAUCUUAUAAAAGAGGAAUUAACUCAAAGCUUAUCUCCAUUACUUAGUAGUAGGCUUUUGUGUAAAGAAAAGGCACAGGCUUCAGAUUCUGAACUGCAGCUAACUGAUAGUAAAGUUCAGUUGGAAAAACUCUCUGCUCUAAUAACUGCUAUUUUGAGCAAAGAAACAGAAGGAGAACAGUUGCAACUGAUGCUUUUAGAAAAACAGAAAGAAAUAGACACCAUGAAAGAGGAAUUAAAAAGUAUGCAGUCAGUUGAGAAGCAGAAGGAGUUGCUACAGAAUGAUAUUGAAAAGAUGAAGGGCAAAUACAAGUGUGAAAUUGAAUGUAUGUCGAAAGAAAUGGUCACAGUCAAGGAAGCAUUAUGUAAACAACAGUCUCUCUUGCAAGAAAGGGAAGGGUCUUUUGCAGAAGUAAAUAAGCAGGUUGAAAUUCUUCAGGAGAAGAUAAAUAAAUCAGAAGAAGUAGCAAGAACCAGUCAAGAAAAGCUUCACGUUGAAGGUAAAAAAGUAGCGAACCUCCUUGAAGAAAUGGGAAAAAAAGAUCAACUUAUUGAAAACUUAACUUCCCAGAUAAAUCAGCAGAAGGAUUUAAUUUCUGGUCUACACCAGCAACUGAAAGAAAAGGACUGUUCUGUUACCCAAACCAUGGAAUCGUUGUCUAAUGAAAGGCUGAAUUUUUCUGAAGAGAGAAAUUCAUUAAAUACUAAACUGCAAGACCUUGAAGCUGUUCAUAACAGUUCUGUAGGAGAGCUAAACCGAGUAUUGCAGGAACUUGAGGGUUGUAAGAAAGAACUGGAACAUAGUCAGGUUAUGUUAAGCAGUAGAGAAGCUGCAUUUAAAGAUUUAAUGAAUGAAAAAGAGGAGAUGCAGUUUAAUCUUGAGAAAAUGGGCAAGGAGAAAGAGAAUCUGAAAAAGAAACUUCAGGCAGCAUUGAUAAUAAGAAGAGAUCUAAUGCAAAAAGUUGGAAAACUAGAGAAGAGUGGGCAGGAAGAAAUAGAAAAAGAGCAAAAAAAAGCAGAGGAGUUAUUGAAGAAAGUGAAUGAGUUAACAGACAAGCUGAGACUAGCUGAAGUACAAAAUAAAGAUUUUGAGUCUCAUCUUGGAACUUUGAAGCAACAACUUUUAGAAAAAGAUGCCAAAAUAAGCGAUUUGACUGAAAUUUUGUCUUCCAAAGCCUCUUAUUUAGAGGAACUUCAGGACAAUAUUGCAAAACUAAAUGAGGUCGUUGCUGAAAAACAAAAUAUAUGUGAGCAGAAUCUAAAAUCUUUAGAGGAAAAGGACUGCAUGCUUGCUCAUAUGCAGUCUAUGCUUGAUGAAAAAGCAAGUGCCUAUGAAGAGGAACGUUCUCAGCUGCUCUCAGCUUUUGAGAAGGUGAAGUGUGAAGUUAAGCAGAAGGAAGAAUUGUUGAAAAAUUCCAUUUCAGAAGAGCCUGGUUUAAGUGCUGGGGACAGGAAGAAGUGUCUGGACCCCAACAAUGAUGUUAAUGUCACGAAUCAAUUAAAAAAAGAAAAAGAAGCCUUACAAAGGAAGCUUUUGGUCACAAAAGAAGAUAUGACAAUUUUUGAGAAAGAAAGGGAAGAGCACACUAAGCUUGCAGCAGAUUUUGAUGAACAAAAAAAUCACCUUGAGCAACUCAAACAAGAACAUAAAGCACUCUGGGAAGUUCUUCAAAUAAGAUGUGAAGAAGUUGACCCUAAUUGGUUCGAAGAGUGCCCUCUAAGGAAAGAGCUGGCUUCACCUAAGGCAGUGCUGGGAGAAGAAGUAGUUGACCUAAGGAAUUUGGAAUCGGACAAACCAAGAAGCAAGAUUCAGGUUGCAUCCUUAAAAGAGCCAGAAGACAUGAUCACUUCAAUGGCAAGUAAAGACAUUGAGUUAAAAGAACUAAGAAGUAAUUAUGCAAAACUUCAGGAGGAAACAGAAAUGUUAAAGAAAGAGUUGAGAAAAAUAUCAGUUGAAUUUGGUGAUGAAAGAGAAGAAACGGUCAGCUUAAACUCUUUGGGACAGCAGGAGCAGUGUAAGGGCAGCUUGUUGGCGGACAUAAAGCAGCUACAGAAAAAGCUGAAAGCAUACAAUGCUGAAGCUAUAGACAUGAAGGCAGUGCUUGAACAUGUGAAUAGUGAGAAAGUAGCACUUAUUAAAAAAAGUGAAGAGGAUUACAAGAUGAGCCGGGAGAAACUGCAGAGAUUGAGAGCUGAAGCUAAGAAGGAUGUUGCAGAAAAGAGUGAGGAAAUAGAGGCAUUGCAUUGUUCACUUAUGGAUUUCAAAGAUAAACUUGAUCUGGAAAAAGAAUUAUUAAAAGAAGCUAUAAAGGAGGGCCAAGAAGAAGCCCACCGUUACAAAGCAGCAUUUGAAGAAAUGAAGAGUGAUAAAGAGAAACUUGGCAGUUGUUUAGAAGAGUCCAAGUUGGAAGUAAUUAAUAUGAAAAAGGAGGUAAAACAUGUCAGUGAAGAAAACAAAAAACUUUGGACAGAGCUGUGUGUGCUACGUGAGAAGGCCGAGAUGAGUAGACCGGUGGGGUCAUUCAAAGAGCUUAAGGAAGAAAAUGAUACCAAAAAAGAAUUGGGAGAGUUUUGUUUGGAAAUUAAUUCCCUUCAAGGACAGUUGCAAGGUAAAGGCACCUGUUCUCAACUAUCAGAUACGGAUUACUCCAGGAAAACUAAACUGAGAGAAGCAACAGAAUGUCAAAUCCAGAAACAAAUGCACAUAAUUGAAGAGCCGCUGGCAAAAAGUGCAAAUGUAAAUGAUGCUAAACCACAAGAGCAAAGAACUAUAGCAGAAGAGAAGUCCAAAGAGCGCCUUCAAAGAAAAUUGCAGGCAGCUUUAAUAUCACGUAAGGAAGCCCUGAGAGAAAACAAAUGUCUAAAAGAACAGAUUGAUAAGCUGAUGUUGGAAAGAGAAGAACUGGUGAACAAGACAGGUAUGCUUGAACACUUGUUAGAGCUUGGUAGAGAAAAAGAGAGUUCAAGUACUGUUUCUCCAUUGUCUGAAGAGGAGAGCCUUGUUUCGGAAAAUGCUAGGCUGUUGACUGAAAAUGAAAACCUCACCGCAGCAUGUGAAAGUCUUAAAUCCACCAUGGAGACUAUAGUUCAGGAAAAAGAGGCCUUUUCUUUCCAACUAAAUACUUUAAAAGAUUCUCAGACAGUUGAAUUAACAGGGUGGAAGGCUAAACAUAGUGAAUUAAAGCAGGAGUAUGAAUCACUUCUUCGGGCUUAUGAGAGUAUUAGUAGUAAAAUAGCAGAUAUGAGGCAAGUUAUUGAUCUCACUAGAAAAGAGAAGCAAGAGGCCAUUCAAAGACUCAGGGAAGGACAGUCUGAGAAGGAGGCUCUUGAGAAACGUGUGCAAAAACUCAUUGAUGAAAAUGAGAUUAUUAAGACCCAACUGAAACAACUUGGCGAAUCCAAGAAGAUGGAAGUUGACGAGUUAGAAAGUAAAGCAGAGAGGCAGAUCCAUGAGCAAGAGGCAAGGAUGCAGGAACACCAGGAUCGUCUUCAUGAGCUCACUGACCAGAAUCAUCAGCUAAUGGAGGAAAAUGAGCAGCUGAAACAAACUUGUGAAAGUUUAAAGCAGGCUUCAGAGAAAAUUCAGAAUGAAAAUGACAUCCUUCAUAAUAACAUCACUGUAACGAAAGCAGCUUUUGGAGAGCUCCAAGCUCAAAUGGAAGUGUACCAAGAUGAUAUGCGAUCUAAAAUCAGUGAAGCAUCAUAUGAGAAUGAAUCAUUGUUGAAGGACUUGAAUGUGUUAAAGGAUAAACUCUCUGAAAAAGAAAAAGAUGUGCUUGUCCUAGAACAAGAAAGAAAAUUAAUUUCAGAAAAAGCGAAAGAAACUGAAAAAUCUUUGGACCAUAAAAAUCAUUAUCUAACAAAGCUGGACAUGGAAUGUAAGAGUCUUACACAGAAAAUUGUUAGUCUAAAUGAAAAAGUUAAAAUUUUAGAGGAUGAUAAAUGUCUGUUACAGGAAGAAUUAGAAAACGUACAAGAAAGUUCUUACAAAGUAAAGAACGAGAGAGAAUUUCUGGAGACAGAAUUGCUUAAUCAUGUUAAAAAAGUGGAUCAUCUUACUGACAAAAUGAAAUCAGCACAGGUACAGAAUAACUUGCUGUUACAGCAACUGGAAGAAUUAAAGACAGAAAAAUGUAAUGUCAUUAAAGAAAAAGAACAGCAGCAAUUACACCUUGCAAAAAUGUUUGAAGAGAAGGUGAGAAGUGCUGAGAGGGAGAACAGCGGAAGUAAGAACAAAACAAAAGAACUCCAAGAACUCUUAAAGGAGAAACAGCAGGAGAUCAAGCAUUUGCAAAAAGAUUCUAUAAAGUUCCAGGAGCUGAUCCUGGAUUUGGAAAGAUCUGUAAAACUGUCACAAUCAAAAAGUGAAAAAUUUGAAAAGGACUUAAGUAAUACAUCAGAAAAGCUUGCGAAGUCGGAUGAAGAAAUACGUCACCUCAAGGGAGAGCUUGCUUCACAGAUGAACCUGUUGGAUCAGUCAAAGAAUGAAGUGGACAGGCUUACGUAUGAGAAUCUAAAUUGGAGAAAAGAACUUAAGAUGAAAGAAGACAAACUACAAAUGCAAAAGAAAGAAUAUGAGAGAGAAUUAGAAUUUAAUCUUCAACAAUUAAAAUCAGUUCACAAAAGAGAAUUUUUGAACCUAGAGGAAAGACACGGUGCCCUUCAGAGAGAAAAAGAUAGGGCGGUUAGUGAGAUGCGUGGUUUGCGAGAAGAAGUUAGCAUUAAGGACUCUCAAAACAAGAAACUUCAAGUGGAUUUGAAUGCAGCUUUGGCGCGAUUAGCUGCUUUUACAAAGUGCGUGUCCUCUCUUCAGGGUGACCGAGACAGGGUAAUCACCGAAAUGAAAACCUGGGAAGCGCAGUUCAAAGAGGCCAUCCAAAAUAAAGAGAAGCAGAUAGAAGACAGCAAUAAAAGAAUAAUGUCUUUACAAGACGAAUUGAAAGACAAAGUGACUCAGAUUCAAGAGCUGAAUAUCAGAUAUUCUGUGAUACAGACUCAACAUAGAAAACAAAUCCAAGAGUAUGAACUUCAGUUGAGGUCUUUGCAGACAGAGAGACAGCAAUGUGAGGAGUCCCGUCAGAGGAUGGAAAAUGAAUUGAGAAAUCUACAGGUGAAGGCAGACAAAGCAGGUCAGGAUAAGGCUGCAAUUGCCAGCGAAAUAGAUGCCCUUAAAAAAUCAAUGUCAUCUCUUCAGAAUGAUCGGGAUGAUCUUUUUUCUAAAUACAAAGAGCUGGAACAUCUUCACCAAGAUAUCUUAAAUCAGCGGGACAGUCUUCUAGUUGGCAACGCAAGUGAGAAUAAUGCUUUGAAAGAAGAAUUAAGGAUACUUCUCAAUCAAAUAGAUGACCUUCACUCUGAAAAUGCAAUGCUAAGUGCACAGCUGAUAAAGUACAGGGAAGAUCUUAACCAAGUUUUAUCUCUGAAAGACCAUCAGCUGAAAGAUUUACUGAAGCAGAAAUUGAAACUGCUAACUAGUGACAGUGCUCAGAAAAAAGAACGUGUAUCAAAUGGACAGUAUGGAGAAAAUCUUCAGAAGAAGAUUCAAAAACUCCAGAAAUCGAGAGGCAGAAGUGUAGAUGAGGACUACAGCAAGAGUCUUUUGACACUCGAGCAUGGAGAUGAACCUGAUACUUUUGCAGAGAAAAUGUUAUUAGAAGUUCGAUCUCAAAACAGUGAGCUGAGGUCCCAAAAUGAGGCCUUUGGGAAAGCAAUGACUGCCCUGCAAAAUGACAGAGAUAGGAUAACAGAGGACUUAAAGGUGCUUCAGAGCAAAUAUACAUCUGAACUCAAGACUGAGAAAAAGAGAGGAGAUGAACUGGAAGCUGAAUUGGAUCGCUUUAAAUUACAUCUUAUCAGUAUGCUCAAAGAAAGUUCUCUUCUGAAUUGGGUUGUUUUUAAUGCUGCAGAUAAGGUUACACUUGAUCAGAUUGCUGAUGAAAUUGAAAAUCUCUGUAGGACGUUAGUCAGUCGUGAGGUGGAGAUUAGCAGGCUCUCAUCUGAGUGUGGGAAUUACGUUCAGCAGAUUGAAGCAUUUUCCAAGGCUAUGGCCAGUCUUCAGGAUGACCGAGACAAACUGCUGCAGGAGCUCAGCAAUCAGAAGGCUAAAGAAGGAAGCAGCCUUGCAGCUGUUGAAAUAGCAAAGCUGAAGACCAAAGUUGAUGAUUUGGAGAAGACAUUGCAUCAGACAAAGGCCUUCCAAGCAGAAACUGAGAGAGAGAUUGCAGCAUACCAGGAUGAGCUUGCUGGAUUAAGAAUGGAAAAAAACCUCCUCCUCUCGGAGUCCCAGGCACUGCGAAAUCAGUGUCAAAUCACAGUUGCUGAGAAAGACCGACAGAUUGCAGAACUACAGAAGAUGCAACAAGACAUGAUUGUGAAGAAAUCUGUCUCCGCUGGAAGCGGUUAUGCAGACAAGGCUUUAGAAACUGCCUACCUCGCUGGAAGUGCAGAUACGCCGGAGGAAAUCAAACGUGUCUUAGCUGAGAAGAAUCAGCUUCAAGAUGACCUGCAGCGCUGUCUUCAGGAGAUACACCAGAAGGAUCUGCACUUUCAGCAGAUUAAUUCAAAGGUUGUGCAGUCAGCAGAAGAGAAUGCUGUCUUGUCUGCCCAGUUGAACAGUCUUUCGCAGACUCUAAGGGAUAACCAGCUUCGUUACACUGACUUGCAAAAUUGUUAUUUACGACUGGAGAGGGAAUAUCAGACCGUGCAAGUGACAUCCUUCCAAGGCGCUGUUCAGGAUGAAACUAGAGCAGAAGUUCCCCCUGGAGCUCCACAGGAAAGAUCUGCAGUUAUUGUUGAAAUAGACAACACGGAGCUAAAUGAACUAAGAAAAAGGCUUGCAGAGACUGAGCAACAGCACGACUCGGUGCAGCAGGCGCUCUCGCAGCUGACAGAAACACUGGCGGAAGAGAGGAGGAGGAGAGAAGCUGCGGAAGAGGCUCUUGGACUCUCUGAGGAGCGAAGUCCCAG